UAAAGGCACGGUUUUUUUAGUUUGGAGCCCAGUAACCAACAAUUUGCCCGCUGCUGGAUUGAAGGACUAGUUCUGUGUGAAAGGAUCUAGAAAAAUACGUGCUCGGCGUGAAUUAUUUAAUUCCAAACCGUUAAAAGCUGUGAACAUAUUCAGACAAAGUUGGAAUCCCAUCUGAAAUGGAGGGACAAAAACCUUCGGCAAACUAUUCUGAGGCAGAAGCCCAGAAUCUCAUCCAUGGAGGUCAUUACAAGGACAAGGGCAUUGCCGUUUUUACUAGUGGAGGAGAUGCACAAGGUAUGAAUGCUGCUGUGAGAGCUGUAGUGAGGAUGGGCAUUUAUGUGGGUGCCAAGGUGUAUUUCAUCAAAGAAGGUUAUCAAGGAAUGGUGGAUGGUGGAGACAAUAUUGUUGAAGCCAACUGGUCCUCUGUUUCUGGAAUUAUCCACAAGGGAGGCACCAUUAUUGGGUCAUCUCGUUGCAAAGAAUUUCGUGAACGCCCCGGACGACUACGCGCCGCUAAGAACCUUAUUUUGAAGGGCAUCUCCAAUUUGGUUGUCAUUGGUGGUGACGGCUCACUAACUGGAGCAAAUUUAUUCCGGCAAGACUGGCCUGAACUGGUGACUGAACUGGCCGCCAAAGGUGACAUCACACCUGAGCAGGCGAAAAAAUUUGCGCACCUUAAUAUCGUUGGUAUGGUUGGCUCAAUCGACAACGACUUUUGCGGUACCGACAUGACGAUCGGUACUGACUCUGCCUUGCAUCGUAUUAUCGAAGCCGUUGACGCAAUCGCAGCGACAGCAUAUUCUCACCAGAGAACAUUCAUCAUGGAGGUUAUGGGUCGUCAUUGCGGGUAUUUAGCCGUAGUGACUGCUUUAACCACCGAGGCAGAUUACGUAUUCUAUCCUGAAAAUCCGCCACCAGUCGACUGGCCUGACAAAAUUUGCAAGAAACUUUCUCAGGAACGAGAAUCGGGCCAGCGCUUGAAUAUUAUUAUUGUCAGUGAAGGAGCUAUCGAUCGUGAAGGCAACCCAAUCACUGCUGAAAUGAUCCGUAAAGUUGUUGUAGACAAUUUGCAACAAGACACGAGGAUCACUGUCCUCGGUCACGUCCAGCGCGGUGGCAGUCCAUCCGCUUUCGAUCGUGUGCUGGGUUGUCGUAUGGGAGCUGAAGCUGUGAUGGCUGUUUUGGAAGCCACCCCUGAAACUGAAGCUUGCGUUGUGUCAUUGGAUGGCAAUCAAGCUGUCAGACUGCCUUUAAUGGCAUGCGUCGAGAAGACUCAGGCUGUCGCGAAAGCCAUGGCUGAUAAACAGUGGGAAUUAGCUGUUCAGCUUCGUGGCAGGAGCUUUGCCCGCAACGUUGAUACCUACAAGAUGCUCACGCGUCUUAAGCCGCCCAAGAUGACCCCGGAAAUGUCCUUAGCACACGGAAAAGGAAGAUUGGCAAAGCAAGAAACAUUAUGGAUGCAGAGCGGCUAUACUUUGGGAGUGAUGCAUGUUGGAGCCCCAGCAUGUGGAAUGAAUGCUGCUGUCCGAUCUUUCGUCCGCAACUGCAUCUACCGCGGCGACACUGUCGUAGCAAUCCAUGAUGGUGUUGAAGGAUUGAUCGAAGGAAAUGUUCAUCCCUUGGGUUGGGGAGACGUUACUGGUUGGGUUGGACAAGGUGGAGCCUUUUUGGGCACUAAGCGAACCUUACCCGAUGGCAAGUAUCCUGAAGUAGCCGCUAGCCUUCGCAAACACAAAAUUCAGGCUCUUCUUAUUAUUGGUGGCUUCGAGGCAUAUCAAACUGUGCUUCACUUAGCCGAGAACCGUGAUAAAUAUCCGGAAUUUUGCAUUCCCAUGGCUAUUGUUCCGUCCACCAUUAGUAACAAUGUUCCAGGAACGGACUUCACUCUCGGCGCCGACACUGCAUUGAAUGAAAUUACUGAGAUUUGCGAUCGUAUCCGCCAGUCGGCUCAAGGAACAAAACGUCGAGUAUUUAUCAUUGAGACUAUGGGUGGCUAUUGUGGAUAUCUCGCUACAUUGGCCGGUGUGGCUGGAGGAGCUGAUGCUGCUUACAUUUAUGAGGAACCGUUUAACGUCAAGAAUUUGCAAAUGGACGUUGAACAUGUGGCGUCUAAAAUGGCUAUGGAAGGAGUUGAACGUGGUCUUAUCCUUCGAAACGAGAACGCAAAUGAGAAUUAUACCACAGAUUUCAUCUACAAGCUAUUCUCCGAAGAAGGCAAAGGAGUGUUCAGCGCCAGGAUGAACGUUCUGGGCCAUAUGCAGCAAGGUGGUUCACCUACCCCUUUCGACCGUAACAUGGGUACUAAACUAGCCGCUAAAGCUGUCGAAUGGAUGGUUGAACAGCUAACCCAAGCUACUCAGCCGGACGGUUCUAUCUGCGCCAACAAGCCUGAAUCAGCCGUCAUGCUUGGUAUCGUCAAACGCUACUAUGCGUACACACCAGUUCAAGAAUUGAAGGCCGAGACUGACUUCAAGCAUCGACUACCAAAAACUCAAUGGUGGCUGAAAAUGCGCCCGCUGCUUCGUAUUUUGGCCAAGCACGAAUCUACUUACCAAGAAGAGGGCGCGUACGUCGCCGUCGAAGAAGACGUCGAAAAUCACAUUAUUAACUAGGGAAAUAAUUACACGAAGAAAAGAUGAAGCGAAAAAACAAUUUAAUGGCUGCCGCGUUCGGAACCUUUAGUUGCAAUUAGUAGACCUGUUGUACCAACCUUAUGAUAUUGAUGUAGGUUGUGUUUCCUUGAGUAAACUAGUCGACUUUACAUGUUUGAGAUGACGCAACUAUGCCACAUGAUGAACCCAGAAAUGUCUGAAUCCGGGAAAUGAGAAACGUAGUCGAAAGAAAGAUGUGGACUAAAACAUUUAUUUCGUCGUCUAUUUAUUGAUUUAUUCUCAAUGUUCUGUCUUUUAAUUCAUUUUGUUAAGUAUUUUUUUACUAGACCCUCUUGAUGUGCUUAUCGCACAUCUUUUCGACGUUUCCCACAUUCUCCUUAUGUCGUUUAUUGGUUGUGAAAGUGUUCUCUGGCUGCUGUACUAAAAACCCUACUACACUGGUUUUCAAGUC